AUGUCUUCACCAAAUCAACAUUUCAAUGAUACUAACGGUUACGAGAGUCCUAUGUCUCACAACAAUGAUUACUCAAAUUGGAAUGAAGACUUGGUGACCUCGGAAAUAUUUUCUUCUUCCUCUUCUGCAAUUUCGUCUCCUAUCAUGACAAAUAAUGAAUGCUUUGCUCCUUUAACUUCCAAAAUACUUUCUUCAGCCUCCUCCACCUUAAAACCAAUUCAACCAACAUUUACUAAAAACAUUAUUCCGGACACAAAACUCACAUCAAACUCUUCCAAUAAUUUAACUUCUGCCAGUCAAAUUUCAUUUUCAUCAUCAUCAGUAGUUGAAGAAGCUAAAAAGAAAACUACUGGCGCACAAAUGUCAAGGGAUAAAAAAAGAAAACAAAUGACUGAUUUAGAGUCACAGAAUACAGUUCUUAAAGAAGAAAAUGUACAUUUAUCAAAAAGAUUAAAAAUUGUAGAAGAGGAAAAUUCAAUUUUAUCAGCUAAAUUAGAUACGAUUUUAGGGCAGCUUGCUGAAAUUCAAUCGCAACUUUCCGUUUCCGAGAUGAACAAAGUCCUACUUGACGAAGUCCCUGCAGCGGCACGUCAAGUUCAGGAACCUUUACGGGACAUCAUCACAAAUCCAUUUGCCAUACAACCAACAACAACAGAAUUGUCAGAUCCUAUUAUUUCAACUAAUACUGAAACAAGCCUUGUUGACCUUUUCGAUAGCUUUUUGGACUAUGAUUGGGGAUCAGAAGAAUUUUCUUCGACAGCUUUACGUGGUUGUUCUGCUUCUAACCUGAAGCAUAUUCCACGUGAUUGGAGAAAAUAUCCACCAUAA